GAUAAGUUUAUUACAUGUCUUGUAUAAUUGCUGCUGGAUCUGGUCCAACCUAGAACUUUUCAUCUAAUAUGGCGGGGGUAGGGGGGUAGGGUCGAUAAAAACGAACGGUCUUGACGGGUGUGUGAGUAUAUAUACACACGCACCACAAAGUAAACCUCCUUCCCCCAAUCUCCCUCCUACACUACACUCACAAGCAGCUCAGUCUCACUGAACAAAAGUGCGCAGUUACUCACAGUCUGUUUUCACUAAUUGCGACAGGGAAGUAGCAUUUCAACACCAUUAAUGUUCUUCAGUUCUUUACUCGGGAUUUUCUCUCAGUAAUAAUCCGAACUAGCUGUUUACCUAUAGUUACCGCUCUUCUCUAUAUACUCCCCAUCAGUUCCGCCCCAAAUUCGACAGAAUAUCUUCACGCCGGCAGCAGUAGUUCUUACCCUGGUACUUUUUGGCACUGUGCAAGUUAUCUCUGUACCUGUAUAUAGCGGCUGUGUUGCGUGAGAGGUGGAAAGUGAUGGAAUUGGACAAGCUGACGUUAGAGAUUUUCUCCAAGCUCGAACAGAAGUGGCUGCACCAUUGUGAAGGCACAAAAACGCGUGUUUUGAGCAUUGACGGUGGAGGAACCACCGGCAUUGUCGCUAGCGCUGCCUUGGUUCACCUAGAGUACCAGAUCCAAGAAAAAACCGGCGAUUCAAACGCUCGAAUCGCUGAUUAUUUUGAUAUUGUUGUAGGCACGGGAAUCGGCGCUCUCCUCGCCGCAAUGCUCGUUGCCGACGAUGGUUCUGGUCGCCCCCUCUUCUCCGCCAGAGACGCUGCUAAGUUCGUGGCGGAUAAUCAAGCAGAGCUGUACAAGGUCAAAAACGUUGGCGUUUUCCGCCGGCGAAUGAGGUUUUCUGGCAGGAGCAUGGACAUAGUGUUGAAGGAGGCGUUCCGCAGAGAUAACGGCAAGGUCUUAACCCUUAAGGACACGUGUAAGCCUCUGCUUGUGCCGUGCUUUGACUUGCACAGCUCAGCGCCGUUUGUUUUCUCUCGAGCCGACGCUUCCGAGUCUCCAAGCUUCGACUUCGAGCUAUGGAAAGUGAUCCGCGCUACGUCAGCGACACCGUCGAUGUUCAAGCCUUACAAGCUCUAUUCCACCGACGGAAAGAUCUCUUGCCUGGCUGUGGACGGUGGACUUGUUAUGAACAACCCCACGGCAGCUGCAGUUACUCACGUUUUGCAUAACAAGCGUGAUUUUCCGUCGGUAACUGGAGUAGAUGGCCUAUUGGUGCUCUCUAUCGGUAACGGACCGUUAAGCAGACCGUCAACGGUAAAGCUCACUCCUAAAGGCAACUGCUCGACGGAGUCAGUCCUCGGCAUUGUCUUUGACGGCGUUUCUGAAACCAUUGAUCAAAUGCUGGGUAACGCCUUCUUCUGGAAUCCCAACGAUUACAUCAGAAUUCAGGCCAACGGUAUGGCGGAAAGAGCGGCAGAGGUGUUGGCGGAGAGAGGAGUGGUGUCAUUGCCGUUUGGCGGGAAACGGUUGCUGACGGAGACCAACGGACAGAGGAUCGAAGGGUUUGUGCAACGGCUCGUGGUAUCGGGGAGGAGUAGCCAGCCGCCGAGCCCGUGCAAAGCAGCCGUUAAUCCCCUGGUUAACCGCCGUUAGUUUCUUUUGUUUGUUAAUUUCUCUUUUUUGUCCUUUUUUCUUCAGUUUUAUAUUAGCCCUCUGUCAGUUAACUGUCUCUAUUGUCAACUUUAACCAGUAGCAGUACAAUUAAAUAAUAUACUCCUA